AUUCUCCAAUCAUGCUUUCCGCAUUUUAAAAAUAUUUUGAACUUGGCUAAUCUGACUGAAUUGAGAAGCAAGUACAUUUUCGAAUCUCUACGAAACUUUCAGCUGCCGGUAGUUUCUGUAGAUGUAGAUCAACACAAAAAAGUGCAAUUAAAGGGAGAUUUUGAUGUUAUUAUUACAACAUCUAAAAAAUUCAAAGAAGAACAGUUAACUAAACUUGAUAUCUAUGAAAAAUUUCAUCUUUUUACCAAGGGCCUGUUGUUUAUCAUAAAUUAUGGGUUGCAUGAUUGCUUUUGGUCUUUGAUUCAUUUCAAUGAAGCACGGUUUAGACAGUACGCGAAAACAUAUUUUUUCUGCAUCAAGCACAAGAACGAUAUCUUGAUACUUACACACACUCCCGGAGUUACGUGGGCUCCGCCGGUUUGGAAUAGAUCAAGGUUUGGGAAACAAAUUUCGGGGCGAAAAAAAAAUAGAAAGAAUGAAGAAAUUGAGCUGUUUAUCUAUCAGCGAUACUAUUCAAAAGAUAAUAUUUGUCAAGAUUUCACUUAUGACGUCAGUAAAAAUCUUAACAACUAUCAACUGAAAAUGGUAUCAUUGGGCAAAAAGUAUAACAGAUCUUUUUUUGACGUAAAACUCUUAAACAUCCUAAAAAAAGUCUUCGGCGUAACUCCUUCAUUGCAAACACUAUCAAGCUCAGAAAUUCACAAGCUUAUGCGGAAAAAUAGGUUCGACAUUUUGUUGGAAAGUCAACUUGUUUCUCCAAAUACUCGAUCAGAAGAAAUAUUUUCCAUCGCGUUUCCCAUAAUGUAUUAUUCAAUCGUCAUAGUAACAAACAACCGCGGACUUAUGACCCCGUUGGAAAAAAUUUAUAACUACUACGGUAAGUUGAUAGUCAUUUCGACAACAGUGAUUCUGGGAGUCACAUUCAUUGUCAUCUACUUCCACACUCGUAACAUUACAUUUGCCUUCUUCGAGAUCCUCCGAUUGCUGAUUAACAACGAGAUAUACACGCCGAUGAAGACAAAAUCGAUACGCAUAUUCUUCACCACAAUUUUUUUAUAUUUUCUGAUAAUUCACGGGACGUUCGGCGGACGACUGGCUGAAUUCUUGACGCGGAACGAGUACCGAAAAAAUGUUGAAACUCUAGAGGACCUAAAAGACCCCCGUUAUAGUCAAAUUUAUACUUAUCAUCACGCUAGACAGUAUAUCAAAGAUCCAGAGCUUUCAAAUAAGGCCAAUUUCAAUCAUUUCAAUUGUAAAGAGAAAAUUCACAAUAACGCUUCCGUUGCUUGUAUCGAUGACUUAGUCAAACUGUUGCCUGUUAUCAGUGAGCUCGAUCUACACCAACCAAAAAAAGUUGUUCACACAGGAUACUAUGCCAAGUUGGUGCGGAAGAAUUCACCGUUUAAAACCAAAAUCAACGAUCUGAUGAUUGUACUGAUGCACUCGGGACUCGCCCAAAAGUGGACUAAUGAUAAGAUUGCGGAUGAAAUGCGGGGGAUAAAAAUAAAGAAAGCUAGAGCAUUGAUAUACUAUCGUCCGAUAGAUUUUGACGAUCUGUUCUUCUCUUUUGUAUUGCUGGGAGUUGGAUUAUUUUGCUCUGCCGCUUGCUUCGUUACUGAGCUAUUUCUUAAAAAAUUUACCGUCAGAGAAAAACAAAAGAGAGCUAGAGGCAGGUGGAAUGUUCCGAAAGUUUUGGUCAAACUGAAACAGAAAAAUAGUUCUGAUGAUAUUCAAGUUGCGAUCGGAGAACCACGUUAUUUUCGGAGAUGGAGAAAUAUUUUUAGACGUGUUUUGAAAAGCUUCACUAGGUAUUUGUUGAGACAUUGGUGA